AUGCGUCCCAGCUCUGACGAUGCUCGCGACAUAACUAACGAAUGCUCAGUCCGUCUUCGUCAGCAACGUUGGAGGGUGGCUCGUGGAUUUCAUCAAUCUGAGCGGAUUCCAUACAACGCGGAGCAGCCGACGUCUUCUGAUGAGUUUGACCCACGAAUCUCUUCAUCAUGUAUCUUCAUUCGCAAAGGAAUUCUUUUUAAAGUGCUUCUUUUAAAGAAGUUGUUUGACCUUGUUUUCACUACUUGGUCAUAUUGGUAG